GAUCAUUGAAUUUGACAAAAUAAUAAAAUUCUAUAUGAUUAUUUAAAUUAUCGGAUGACAUUUAAAUUACAACAAAAGAUGGCGAUACAGUAUAAAAUUGGUCAUGAUUUCAAAGAUAAAGCAACAAGUAAAACUCUCACUAUGGAUAUAAUCAAAGCAAAACAUCGUCAUCGUCAUCAUCAUCAUCAACAACAACAAAUUAUUAUUACUCGAUGUUAAAAUCAUCGCUUAUUUCAUCAUGACAUCAAAUAACCAAACAACAAAGGGGCCAAAUAUCAACUCGAAACAAAAAUUACCAAAGUUGAACAAGUUUGCGAAAGCUCAAAAAUGGUUUAGUAGGCUCAAUUUUGCUUAUGAAUUAUCCAAAUCGAUUAGGAAUGAUUUUCGUAAUUACAAAGAAAUAAAUGAAGAAAUUCUUCGCAUUGAAGAGACCAUCAAUGAACUCGAAAAUAUCGAUGACAAUGAAAAUGAUGAUGAACAAGAAUUGCGAACAACAAUCAUUCAUAAUCUACAACAAAGAUUACAAGAUUUAAUAGCACAAAGAACCAGAUUUCCCAUAGAAACGGCCCGAUCGUUUGUUAAAUAUUCUGGUGCUGUUUUGGCUGAAACUGGCGUUACUUUAGCAGCAGGUAUUUUAAUGUCUAAUCCACCAGGUUUGGUUAUUACUGCCGGUUGUAUUGUUAAUGUCCAACCGAAUCAAUAUCCAUGGAUGGUAUACAUGAAAUUAAAUUAUCUUCCAUUGCAUGAAUGGCAAAAACCAAUGACAAGUUCAUGUGAUGGUUCCAUUAUCAAUGAUCGAUGGAUAAUUUCAGCAGCUCAUUGUUUUGCACCUAAUGGCUAUAAUUUAAGUGAAAAUAUUGUAUACUUAGGAUCACAUAAUAUCACUAAAACAGAGGAAAAAAAUCGAAAAAUAAUCAAGGCUAAAAAGGCCAUAAUACAUGAAAAAUAUGAUAAAUGGAAUAUAAAAAAUGAUAUUGCAUUAGUCGAAUUAUCUGAAAUUAUUGAAUUCAAUGAAUAUAUAUCGCCUAUUUGUAUGGCCAAUUCAUAUGAAGAAUUUGAUCACGAUAAUUGUCAAACACUUGGAUGGGGUAGAACGGGUGAACAUAUGGAAAAAUCCAGUACAUUGAAAAAAGUUGUACAAAAAUUACGAACAUUGGAUGAUUGUAAAAAAUUCUAUUCAGAUUUAGAUGAUACACAAUUAUGUGCCGGCACAUUAAAUCAUGGACCUUGUACUGGUGAUUCUGGUGGACCAUUACAAUGUUUAAAUCAAAAUCAAUCAUCAUCAUCAUGGUUUAUCAAAGGAAUAGUUUCAUAUGGAUCACCACAUUAUACAGAAAAACCAGCUGUAUAUACUAAAGUUUCAGCAUAUAUUGAAUGGAUAAACAAAACAAUUGAAAAUAAUCAUCAUUGUGAAUGACGACGAAUCCAUCAAAAAAAAAAAAAAAAAAAUG